AGCCCGCAUGUAGUUGGCUUUGAAUUUUCCCCAAUCAUGUGACUGCAGCGAAAAUAGCGUUACACAUGGUUCGGCCUACUUGCGUGGGCAGACAUGGCUGGAGGUGCAAAGAAGAAAUCAACCGGUCAAGUGUCUCGCGUAUGGGGGACUCUUCGUACAUUAUGGCAGGAGAAGCAUUUGAUUUUAUUCAAAGCCGAAUACACUUUCCUGGUGGCUGCAGUUCUUUGGUUCUUGGAAAUCGGAAUAAAUAUUUGGGUUAUACGCAAGGUAGCAUACACGGAGAUCGACUGGAAAGCUUACAUGGACGAAGUGGAAGGUGUCAUCAACGGCACCUAUGACUACACCCAACUUAAAGGAGAUACGGGGCCGCUGGUGUACCCAGCUGGAUUUGUGUACAUCUUCACGGUGCUCUACUAUGUCACUGAUCACGGCGUGAAUAUUCGGAUGGGGCAGUAUCUCUUCGCCAUGUUCUACCUGGUCAAUCUUCUGCUUGUGUUCCGCAUUUACCACCGUACUCAAAAGGUUCCCCCCUACGUGUUUUUCUUUGUUUGCUGUGCCUCUUACCGCAUUCACUCCAUCUUUGUCCUCCGACUCUUCAACGACCCCGUAGCCAUGAUGCUGCUUUUCGCUGCAGUGAACCUCUUCUUGGACGGUCGCUGGAUGCUGGGUUGUGGGCUGUACAGUUUAGCAGUGUCUGUGAAGAUGAAUGUGCUCCUCUUCGCCCCCGGACUCCUCUUCAUCCUGCUCUGGGAGUUUGGCCUCCUGAAGACCCUGCCCAAGCUCUGCCUGUGUGCGGCCAUACAGGUGCUGCUAGCCCUGCCGUUCCUGCUGGAGAACCCUGUGGGCUACCUCAGCCGGGCCUUUGACUUGGGCCGGCAGUUCCUCUUCCAGUGGACCGUGAACUGGCGCUUCCUGCCUGAAGAGGUGUUCCUCAGCCGCCAUUUUCACCUCGCCCUGUUGGGGGCGCACCUGCUCACCCUGCUGCUUUUCACAUUCCGCCGCUGGAAGAGGCCUGGAGAGAGUAUAAUGGCACUGCUGAAGGAUCCAGCUGACAGAGAGCAGCCCUCACCAAAACUGAGUGCUAAUCAGAUGACUUUGGUCCUGUUUACCUCCAACUUCAUCGGCAUGUGUUUCAGCCGCUCGCUGCACUACCAGUUCUACGUGUGGUACUUCCACACCUUGCCCUACCUGCUGUGGAGUGGCGGGGUGAAGAAGCUGGCGCACUUACUGAGGGUCCUCAUCUUGGGGCUCAUCGAGCUGUCUUGGAACACGUACCCCUCCACCGUCUACAGCUCCGUUGCCCUGCACGUCUGCCACUUCAUCAUACUGGCCUCCCUCUGGCUGUCUUCCCCCAUGCCUAGCCACCAGGGCGGCGACGGAGAGUCUCAGGAAAAGCCCAAACGGCUGUGACCAAACUUCAGCACACGGCGAGGACGCUCGCCCGUCACCACCCUGCCGUCAGUCAUCUUCCACUGUGGGUGUGGGCUCGAAGAGCAGGGGGCAAUAUCAGUCUUAAAUGCCAGCAGCCCUACCCUUUUCCACCUAGGCGUGGCCCCGUCCCUUUGUUCCCUCCACCCACUACUCAGGAGGCAGAAAUAUCUGCAGGUUUGAGGACUGGCAGCUAAAAUAACUUUUGUUUUUGUUUUUUUUCUCCCCUUUUCAUUUCGUCUUACCUCCCUUCUAUGGUAAAAUUUGUGGUUGAGCAGAGAGGAAAGUGAAAGUCGGAAGUGCUUUGAACAUCACUGUUUCGCACAGAAGGUUUUCAUUCUUGAUUUUAUGUAUUUAGUAUUGACUAAAGUUGGUCACAAUGAAAAGGUUGCACUGGCCACUUUGGGAGAGGUCCCAUUGGGUUUUGUGUGGCAUUCAGGCAUAACAAACAAGACUCAUGCUAUCAUGAUAUUGUACUUAUCCUGCCUACGUGUUCUAACCUGAUGAAGAAUGACCUAUACUUCCAUGGUGAAGAGUCAAAGCCGACUUGUAGCUUUAAACGCUGCCAUCUCUGCUUGUUACAUUUCAGUCAUGGAGAAAGUAAAACCUGAAAGUAUGCAAAAAGAAACAAGGUAUUCGCUGGACGGAGAGAAACAAGCAUUCCGGAAACGGUGUUUGUGGUUUUGUAAAAUGUUCUGACAGAAUCUGCAGGGCUCCGGUAUUGACAAUCGCAAGAAAAAUAUGAAGAGCAUUUUAUUUUUCUACCACUGUGAUUUUCUUUCAUUGUCAUGUACCAGUGUUAGAUUUACACUGAGACCCUUUUGGCUAGAGCCUACUGGGCAGUGUUCAGUGGUAAUGAAUUGGAAUUAAUAAAUGCUAUUUUCAGGAUAGAGCUUUUCUUGUGUGGGAUAUAGUGUGGGGGUAAUCAUGGCUUUGGAAUACUUGCUGAAUGGAUAAUUUGCAUGAAUUCUUUUUGUGGAAUAUUUGACAGUAAAUAGAAAGUGACAAAAA